AUGCAGCGGGUGCCCGGUUCUCUGCCAGCUACGGCGCGGUUGGCGAGGGGACCUCCGAUGCCGAGGCCGCCGCCUCCGUGCACGCCGCAGUCGGGAGCCCGCUGGCUCUGGCUGGAGAGGGCAGCCUGUCUCACGAAUGCAUCAGCAUCGCUGGGAGGUUUGAGCGUGGCACGUGUUCGAGAUCCGGAGCCAGAGGACCCAGGUUUCAAAAUGCCAGGCCUUGCCUCACUGGAGCGAGGACUGCCGGGGCAGGCUUUGGUUCCCUCAAUGGUGCCGCCACCUGGCGCGGUUUACCAGGUGAAGAAUACCGAGCAUUGGCGAAACAGUCCGUACACGAAAGAGUACGUGUGGAAAUUCGAGAAGGUCGAGCAUGGAGGGCGCGUGUUUGAAGUCGAUCCGACGUGGCACCCUGCGUACGGUCGACCAAAGUCGACGAUAGCCCAUUUGAAAGGGAAGUGGCAGUCCAGCUCCUUCGGACAUCAGAGCAUGCAUGCAUACGACGAUUCGGGCAAAGAACUGUUCAAGAUCCGCGCGUCAAAAAACGUGUGGUUCCAGCGGCGUUUGUCGUUCCGGAUUUUGCCCCCCGGUUCCAAAGACAACGACGAUGCGCUCUUCACGAUCAAAGAGGACCAGCUCGGCGGGGGAUGGCGGAUUUACCGCGGGCGUGAGCGCGACCAAGACAUGAUCUAUUACUGCGUCUCUUACUCCUUGCCCGGCUGGGACGUCAGGUUCUACAAGUCGACGAGCGAGUCGGACCCGCCAGUGGCGACUAUAGGGUGGGGGGGAACCAAGUGGAAGCUCGGACUGAACAUUCAGGCUGGGGAAGAUACUGCGCUGAUCCUUGCAGUUUCGACAAUCCUGCACAUGGCUCGAGGAUCUGACUGA